CUGAUUACCAAGAUGGCGGCGGGGCAACAGUGGGUGUUAGUUGAGAUGGUUCAAGCUUUUUACGAGGCACCAGCUUAUCAUCUGAUCUUAGAAGGAAUCCUGAUAUUGUGGAUAAUCAGACUGUUGUUCUCAAAAACAUAUAAGCUGCAAGAGAGGUCUGACCUCACUGAAAAGGAAAAAGAAGAGUUAAUUGAAGAAUGGCAGCCAGAGCCUCUGGUUCCUCCUGUCAUGAAAAAUCAGUCAUCUCUAAAUUAUGACGUUGUGACUGGCUCUCCAAGCCACAAAAUGAUUGUUAAUGGGAAAGAGUGCAUUAACUUUGCCUCGUUUAACUUCUUGGGCCUGCUCGAUAAUGCACGCGUUAAGCAAAAGGCACUUGCAUCUAUUAGAAAGUAUGGCGUGGGUACUUGUGGCCCAAGAGGAUUCUAUGGAACAUUUGAUGUACACCUGGAGUUAGAAGAGCGCUUGGCUAAGUUUAUGAGAACAGAGGAGGCCAUCAUCUACUCCUAUGGCUUUGCAACCAUAGCCAGCGCCAUUCCUGCCUACUCCAAGAGAGGCGAUAUUGUGUUUGUGGAUGAAGCAGCAUGUUUUGCAAUCCAGAAGGGCCUGCAGGCUUCCCGGAGCUUCAUUAAAUACUUCAAGCACAACGACAUGGAGGAUCUGGAGCGACUGCUAAAGGAGCAGGAGCUGGAAGACCAGAAGAAUCCACGCAAGGCUAGAGUCACUAGAAAAUUCAUUGUUGUGGAAGGCCUGUAUCUGAACACGGCAGACAUCUGCCCUCUACCACAGCUGGUGAAGCUAAAGUACAAGUAUAAAGUACGCAUCUUUUUGGAAGAAGGCAUGUCUUUCGGUGUGCUGGGAGAACAUGGCCGAGGCGUCACCGAACACUUUGGAGUUAGUAUGGAUGACAUUGACCUUAUAAGUGCCAACAUGGAGAACGCAGUGGCUUCCAUAGGUGGAUUCUGCUGUGGCCGAUCAUUUUUAAUUGAUCAUCAGCGUCUGUCUGGACAAGGCUACUGUUUCUCAGCCUCGCUUCCACCCAUGUUGGCUACUGCUGCUAUUGAGGCCCUCAACAUCAUGGAGGAGGACCCAGACAUUUUUGCUAUCCUGAGAGGAAAGUGUAAAUAUGUCCACAAGGCAUUACAAGGAAUUCCAGGUUUGAAGGUUAUUGGGGUUGAGUUAGCUCCAGCACUCCAUCUCCAGCUUGUGAACAGCACCGGAUCCAGAGAGAGUGAUGUCGGGACACUACGCUCCAUUAUUGAUUAUUGUUUGGACAGACAAAUAGCUUUGACUCUGGCUCGCUACCUAGACAAAGAAGAGCGUUUCCUUCCAUCACCAAGCAUCAGAGUGGUGGUUACUGUUGAGCAGACUGAAGAGGAAAUUGAGAAAGCAGCAUCCUGUAUUCGAGAGGCAGCUCUUGUGACACUUAAGUAGUUGCAAAUUCUUCCAGCAUGGUGACAGACACUAAAAUCAACAAUAACAUGUGUUUCAAGCUGAACACUGUCUCCCAUUCUGCUCAUGAUGGUGCUUUAGCCAUGGCUACACUGUCAGAACUGCAGACCUCAGUCCACCAUGGGACAUUCAAUGUGUCAUGCAUCAUGAGAACUGAAUGAAUAGUUGCAGCUUUUCGACUCUUUAUAAAUAUUAUAUUUAAAACAUUGAUCUGUUUUGUGUUGCAGUUUCACAUUGAAAUGAAUGUAGAAGUUCCAUUGACCAAAUAUAUUUAUGUUUCAUCUGAUGCCUUGAAUGAAAGUUGCAACGGUUGAUUAAACUGCAGUUAAUACUAAAAAUGGAGAGUUAGAACAUAUUAUAUUCAAGUUCCUUUUAUACACUGUUUGGGUUUAACCCCUUAACAUUUCCAUAAAAAAAACAUUUCACUUGCUUUUUUUUAAUGAAAAGUACAUUUGGGGAUUUUUGUGUGUGUAUAUAUAUUUUUUUUUUUAUGAGAAUUUUUUUUCAAUCCAGGAAAAAUUAUUUUUUACAUGAUUUAUUCUUUUUUCAUAUAUUGCAUGAUACUGUCAGCUUAUUUUGACAGCAUGAAUGCACAUAGCUUUAUGGACACAUUUUACAUUUACUUUUAUAAAUACUGAUACAUAAUUGAAAGCAACAUUUAAGAGUUCUUGGGUUUAUCAGAACCCUACAAUAGAGAGAGGGUCCCUUUCUGAACUUGUUCAAUGUUGAACCCUGUAAGAAGAUUUUUUUUUUCUAUUAAAAAAAGUUAUUAAAUGAUAUUAAAGGAUCUUUGGUUCUCAUGCAGGGGGAAGCAUUAAAAGUUCUAUGAAGAAUGUCAAAACUAGGUUUCUUUUUAGAAAAUUUCCAAAAAAGAGCCCUUAAAGAAAAGCUUGAACCAUUACCAUCCAAAGAACUCGAUGUGUUUUUUUUUCCCCUAAGAUUGCAUAUCUUGUAUUGCUGCUAACUGUGUGGGGUUUUCUUUAAUAAAAUCAAUUUGUAAA